GGGGAGACGCUUCUCCCACUUUUUAAAGAUCUGCGGGAAAGCGGAAGAAAGGUCAAUGUUCUCUAUGGCAUACCUCUUGUGCCCCCUCAAGUUCCCAGGUUGGCUGCGUUAGCGCGUGAAUUAGGCGAGGGGAGUAUUUCUGUCAUGAUCGAUCAUCCAGAUCAGGUACAGUAUCUGACUGAGUUCCGGCAACUGGCGGGCCAUGCGGCGGCCGUGUUUCUCAAGGUGGAUUCGGGAUAUCAUCGGGCAGGACUCCCGCCUUCCAUGCUGAAUAAGGGAGGGUUGAUAGAGAAGGUAAUUGAAGGGGAGAGGGAGGGGAGAUUGGUUCUGCUGGGGGUUUACUCGCAUAACAGUCUGAGUUAUGGGGGUGAUACGCCAGAGGAGGUGAUGGGGUUCUUGGUGCAGGAGAUCACGGGGUGUCGGGAGGCAUUGAGGAAGAACAAGGAAUUGUUCGCUUUGCCUGGUGGUAAUGGGAGGGAGUUGGUGGUUAGUGUUGGUGCCACGCCGCAGGUCGUUGUGGUGAAGAAGUUACUUGAGGAGGAGGGGCAACUGAACGAGGAGGCGAGGCGGUUGAAGAACUUGUUGCAUGAGAAGGAUGUAGACGGUGAGUUGUCGAUCAAAGUCGAGCUUCAUGCGGGUGUCUACCCCGUUCUGGAUAUGCAGCAGUUGGGCACGAACAUCCAUCCUACUGGGGACGCAGAGAAAGAGGUUGGCAUUUCGGUAGUGGCAGAGGUCUGCAGUGUAUAUAAUGAUGCUGAGCGGUCGAAACCUGAGGCUUUGGUGGCUGCUGGGUCGCUGGCGUUGGGGAGGGAGCCGUGCAAGUCGUAUCCGGGAUGGGGACUGGUUGGGGAUUGGAGACGCGAGAAGGGGUCAUCGAGACUGAUUGUGGAUCGGAUCAGCCAAGAACAUGCAAUUGUCGCGUGGGAAGUAGGAGACGGACCUGCAAUUCCGCUCAAGGUCGGCCAGACUGUGAGGAUUUAUCCGAAUCAUGCGUGUGUGACCGGGGCCAUGUACGGGUGGUAUUUGGUGGUGGAUUCGAGUCGAGAUGGGGACGGAUCGACGAUUGUGGAUGUGUGGCCGAGACCGACGGGAUGGUGAUUGAAUUGUCUCGAGUGUUAUAAAUUGUCGGAUAGACAAAUAUUCAGAUUCUUGUCUGUUGUCUUCGUCAGAACACCAGCUAUACUCCGCUGCGCCUUUCUCGCCAGCCUUUGCAUAAUACUCACUUUCUCCGAACAAUGCUGUAAUCUCAUCUCAUCCAUGAAGCUGAAU